AUGUCUGGAACGCUCGCUCUGACGGAACCACCAAUCAGCGGUUACGCCCACUACUACACGUCUCCAGAACCCUCCCAGCUCGGCGCAGGAGCAAAAGACAUGACUCUAAACCUAUCUUUCGAAAUUGCAGAAGACGAUGAGGGUAUUUUUAUCUCAAAGGCAGCUGCGGUUUGGCAGGGUGCUAUUCCUAAGAGAGCGAUGGUUCCGCUUCCUGCUCGAGCACGUGCGAUGCACACAGGCACUAGCUAUGUUCAUGGUCAUGCCGUCGCUCCUCCGGUCGAUCUCAUUCCAUGCGAUGGCAAUACGUCACACCACAUGCAAAUAUGCACUGACGAAGUGGCGCAAGAUGCCUCCGACGUAUUUCAGAGUAUCUCGGCGACACUGGGUCUUCGGUCAUGGAGUUUUGAGGAACUCCGUACAGAAUGCUAUUCGCAAUCUCGUCUUGCUACUGGUGUUGCUCCUAGAGCAGUCCCUCCUGGCGCGCCGUCCUGGAUGAUCAUCCCCCCAGCUUUCACUCCCUACAAAGCGAUGACUUAG